AUGGUUGGUGUUAUUGUGAUGGUUGGGGUAGUCUCAGUGGCGGGGUUGAUGGUUACUGUCACCGCGUCGGCUGUCACUGUCACUGUUGCUGGAGGUGUGUAUGUAUUCAUAGACAAGGGGUCGCUGUUGCUGGUGGACGUGGACUUGGAAAGAGACGAGUCGGCAGAUGAAGAUAAAGAUGAAGAUGAAGUUAAAGACGAAGACGAAGACGAAGACGAGGACUCGGGCAUGAGGGUCGCUUUCUUUGGCGCUGGCGAUGAUGAAGUGCUCUCCUCUGCCGUUACAGUUAUCGUUGAUCCCGGGAUAAUGAGCGUCUGCUCUUCUGUCUUUGUUGAUUUGAUGGUGAUCGUCUCCACUUGCUCUGACGUUGGUGUUGGGGUGCGGGUCACUGUCGCCGUGGUACCGGGCACUGUUACGGUAUCCUCUGUGGUUCGCGUGAAAUGA